GCCGGCGGCGCGUGAAGUGAGACGUCACUUCCGGAGCCGUUGUUGCACGAGCCGGUGCUGUUGAAGUUGAGGGGAAGCAUCUCGUCCGGACGCCGUCAUGUCUUUCUCGUCUUCCCUGCUGAAAGUGGACCAGGAGCUGAAGAAGAAGGUCGAUUGUUUCCGCGAGAGAAUAACAAAUGAGGCUGAAGACCUGGUAGCAAGUUUUUUCCCAAAGAAGUUAUUGGAACUAGAUGGGUUUCUUAAGGAACCAAUGCUCAAUGUUCAAGAUCUUUCACAAAUCCAUAGUGAAAUGAAUUUACCAGUGCCAGAUCCCAUUCUUCUGUCGAACAGUCAUGAUGGCAUUGAUGCUCCAUCUCUUAAGAAAAGAAAAAUAGAAGAUGGAGGCGAUAACUGUCCAGGUACCAAAGUUUUUGUGAUGCCUAAUGGGAUGCUGAAGAGUAACGCCCCCCUUGUGGAGAUCAUUGAAAGAGUAAAGCCGGAGAUCAGGCUACUCAUAGAGAAAUGCAACACGGUAAAAAUGUGGGUUCAGCUCUUAAUUCCAAGAAUAGAAGAUGGAAACAAUUUUGGGGUGUCUAUCCAGGAAGAAACUGUGGCAGAGUUGCGGACAGUAGAAAGUGAAGCAGCAUCUUACCUAGAUCAGAUUUCCAGAUACUACAUUACCCGAGCAAAACUUGUUUCUAAAAUAGCAAAAUAUCCUCAUGUGGAAGAUUAUCGGCGUACGGUGACAGAAAUAGAUGAAAAGGAGUAUAUUAGUUUACGGCUAAUCAUAUCAGAGCUGAGGAACCAAUAUGUGACCUUGCACGAUAUGAUCCUCAAAAACAUUGAGAAAAUCAAGAGGCCUAGAAAUAGCAAUGCUGAAACCCUCUACUAACCAGCGAGUCCACCUACCCCCUCAAACCCCUUCCUACAACUUUUUAGUUCUAUUUUUGUUUUAAACAUAUAUUUUUUUCCUUUCUUCCUUUGAACUUAAAAGGAGUAAAGACCAUCAUUGCCUUGUUUUGAACUUCUUCACAUCCUUACCACCAGGAAAGGAAAUGAACUGCCUGGAAAUCAUUGUGCAGGUUUUUAAAGCCGACCCCUUCCCCCAAUCCCCCCCCAAACCUUUUUGGAAGCCCUAGUCAAUGACAAGGAGCGCUGGAGCCUUAUCACACGUGGAGUGCUGUAACACGAAUCCUUACGUUUUCUAAAGACAUAAAUUUAAGUCCCUUCCAGCACUUUGAAGAAUCCGAACAGACAUGAAAUGGUUUUCGUAGAGUAGCAGACCGCUGCUGCUGCAGAACACUUGGUAAUCUUCCUACUCUUCUGGAAGUCGUAGAGGAGUACUGUUACAGCUGAUGCAUUCCUCAUCCAAAUCAUAAGUAUAUAGGGAAUUAAAGAUGGGGGGGGGGCCCCCACCAAUAUCAGAUCAUGCGGGUCUUACCACUGGAACCCCCAACAAUCACAAGAACAGGCUUCCCAUGGUCCCGGUUUGAUUUGAGCGGUGGUCAGCCUGGAAUUGAGAGAGAAAUUGAUAGGUGGGACUCCGACAACAUGGCUGCCUCCACAGUGAUGGAGACCUCUGUUCCAUGGUUCGCAGCCGCAGCGCGUUUACAGGUCAAAGCUUCAUUACUAUGUUCUGUUCUCUCAUUAUGAAAUUAUUGAAGGGUCUUCCACUUUUUUAGAUCAUAUAGCUGGAUGUUAUAUAAAGGAAAAAAAAAUAUGCUGGAGCGUCCAUUAACUUUUCAUUUCCUUGUUUUUUUUAUUUUUAUUUAUUUUUUUUUUUUUUUAUUGGCUCUUUAAUUUUUCCUUUUAUGUAAUCCCAGUAUUAACCUGUGAAGUGUUGGUUCCUGUUUUGCGGAGUAUAAUCAGGAAGUUGGCUCUUCUGCUCACAUGAAGGUUUACACAAUUACUAUGAUGAUUUUAUACUAGAUCAUAUGCAGUGGUUGGUCGGCCAUUAUGUAUCUUAUUGCAGGUAUAUAACUAAAAAUGUUCUCCUAUGCUGUUUGCAUAUUAUAGUCAUGUUCCAUCACUAAACAUUUUCCAUGGUGUUUGCAAAUUGUGUAAGAAUAAGAAGUCUCGUUGAGGACAAGUGUCCUGAUCACAGGGGGUCCGACUGCUGGGAAUUCCCGUGAUCCCCUGUACGGCGCCCCAGCUUUCCUCGCUCAUGGGACAGGGGUCGGCACGUGCCCUCCAUUAAUCUCUAUGGAAGAGCCAGAGAUACACGAGCGCUGUACUAGUGUAUCUCCUGCUCUUCCAUAAAGAUGAAUGCAGGGCUCAGCCCAACCCCUGCCCCAUGCUUAAAGGGGCAUUCCAGUAAAAAAAACUUUUUUUUUUUUUUUUUUUUUUUUUUUUUUAAAUCAACUGGUUCCAGAAAGUUACAGAUUUGUAAAUUACUUAUGAAAAUCUUAAUCCUUACAGUACUUAUCACCUGCUGAAGUUAAGUUGUUCUCUUCUGUCUGAACACAGUGCCUGCUGACACCUCUGUCUCAGGAACUGUACGGGAAUUUUUUCCUACUCUAGACAGUUCCUGAGACAUAAAGACAGGUGUCAGCAGAGAGCACUGUGGUCAGACAGAAAAGAAAUUCAAAAAGAAAAUAAUUUCCUCUGUAGCAUACAGCGGCUGAUAAGUACUGGAAGGAUUAAGAUUUUUAUAUGGAAGUAAUUUACAAAUCUGUUUAACUUUCUGGCACCUGUUGAUUUAAAUAAAGUCUUCCACCUUUUUAAACAUGUUUUCCGCCAAAUUAACCCUAUUCAGAUGAAUGGAACAGGUUUUUAGAAACUUCUGCGGCGCAUGAAUAUCACCUUAGAGAAUUUUGUUGACUUCAGUAUUCCGGUAGCAAUUCCAUUUCAUUUCAGUCACUGAGUGGGUAGAUGUAUAUUCCACAACUUGAGAUAUUAUAAUAUAUCUAAUAUUUGUGUGUGUAUAAAUAUAUCGUAUAAAUGUGUUUAUAUUGGGGAAUUGUUUGUUAAUAAAUUAAGAAACAAAAUCAAUCAAAUAAGUUUUUCUUUAUUAACAAUUGAUUCUUCAGUAUAAAUACAUACUAGACAGUGAAUCCUGCUCAAUGCGCUUAUUGGCUGCAGAGAGAAAACCCCUGCGGAACUCUAUAGUGUGUUUGUUAUACAAUUUCAUUACAUUUCAAUUUUAUCGCUUAACUUAGUGAAGACUUUCAUAUCACUUUUUGCUUCGAUCAGUUGUCGUGUAUUUCAGUGAACUAGUUUUCUGUUUUUAAUUCGGUCUUUAGUUAUCCUCCAUAAUAAAUAUAUUCAGAAAUUGGGGGGGUCAAAGGCCUUGCAGCAGCAGACAGAAAAAAAAAGUAGUAAAUUUUGCAUACCUUAAAGGGGUAAUCCAUGAAUAGAAAAACAGCUAAUUUCUUUCAAAACCCACUCCCCGUCUGUCUCCAGGUUGGUUGUGGUUCUGCAGCUCAGUUCCAUUGAAGUGAAUGGAGCCAUGUUGUACAACCACACCCAACCUAGGGACAGAUGUGGAGCUGUUAUUGAAAGAAAUUAGCUCAGUUUUUUCUAUUCCUGGAUAAUCCCUCCAAGCAACAAAAAUGAAUUAUGACCCUUACAGGUACCUGCACAGGGGGAAUUUUUUUUAAUAUGCCGGUUAAGGGACCUUAACAGCUCUAUACAUUUUCUUCCUAAUUUUGGGAGACCACUGCUGAAAAAUAUGCGGAUAAGGACAUCUUUCAGUGUACAGGUGCAUGUACGCGUUCAUUCAGUUUGUGGAAAGAAGUGGUUUAAAGUGUGCCUGUUACUUUAAAGGAGAUAUGUCCUAGUGAAAAGGCUAUCCCCUAUCCGCAAGAAAGGGGAUAAGUUUUAGAUCAAAGGAGUCCACUUGCUGGGGCCACCACAAUCUCCUGUACGGAGCUCCGGCUCUCCCCGGGAGAUGUGCGUCACGGCCAUUCGGCAAAAUCCUGCGGAUAGGGGAUACGUUUUUGUAGUUUGGUACUUCCUUAGCGAAGGGUCAAAAGUUUUGAUCAAUGCUUUGCGCUUCUUCCCUGCUCUCACGUAAAUCAGACUCUCCAUAGACAUAAAUUGAAAGUGUGACUCAAAUCAUGUGCUGCAGAGCCAAGGAAGAACGCUCUAAGCCUGAUUGGCGGAGGCCAGUACACUCCCCUACCUAUCAAAACCUUUUCACAUGUUGCUAGGACAUGUAAAACGUUUAUCUUCAUGUGACGGUGGCCAUGUAAAGACCAGAGUUUCCAGCCUUGGGCAUGCUGGAAGUUGUAGUUUCACAACAGCUGAAGGCCCUCUGGUUGGGAAACGCUGGUAUAGAAUAGUGGCGCCGUUUAUUUGAAACAUGUAAUUACACCAGAGGAAAUCUAGAUGUAUUGAAGUCUAAGAAAUGAGCAAAUGACCUUCAUCCAGUUAUGAAAUUUGUUUUUUUUUUAUAGGGAUUUGUCUACAGCCUCCAUAUGAAUUGCAUUUAUUUUUACUUCUUGUUCUGAUUGGUGGUAUCCCAGCCUUAAAUUGUAUUUUUUUUUUUUUAUGUUUUAUCAUUGUCAUUUUGGCUCUUUAUUGUAAGAGACGUAUUAAUUAUUUUUCUUUUGCUGAAAUGACGUAUGUACAAUUUUAAAAUGUCAAGUUAUUAAAAAUGUUCAUCAAACGUC